GCGUAACACUGACUGGCUACAUAAUAGUGAUGAUGUUAAUCAAUUUCUAAGACAAGAGUCUGGCUUCAGUCCUUCACAAGAAGUUAGAUCAAAUUACUUGUUUAUGAUAAAUCAAAUAUCUAAUUCUGACUAUAUAACUUUUUUUGCAGUCAAAGAUAAAAUGGUUUUUCUUCGAAAACACCCAAAAGGAGCGAUUUUCUGUAUUUUGGUACCAAUAACUUUUUUACUAAUCUUAUUAUUAGUUGGCAUUGGUAUCAUCAUAUUGCUCUCAUAUCAUUCCUCUAAUCCGAUUGAUCAGUCGAUGGAGAUUGGUGAUAAACAGUCCAGUAGUGCUCUCAUUCCUUUACCUAAUAAUGUAUCUUCAGUUUCACUGAAUAUUCCUUCUGGAGUGACGGUUUUUAUGGCUUCAUUUAUUCCAACAACUGGAAUACAAAUUCUUCAAUCAGAAAUCCCUCAAAGUUAUGGGCAUUGUGCCCCAUACAAUGUUAAUAAUGGUAAUCUUCCAGUGUAUCUCCUCCCUGGGUCUAUUAUGAAUUAUGAUAUGACAGUGUCUGGUUUAACUGACUCUAAAUGCCCAGCACAAUUAGUCUUGCUUAACAAUAAAACAGAAUAUUUUGCAUGUAACUAUAACAGCUCAAAUGUUGUGAAAGCAUGCUGCUUGACCAGUGGCACUGUGAAUGUAUCAAUCAGGAUUAACAAGCCUGCUGAUUAUUACGUUAUACUAGUAAAAGAGGAUCUUACAAUAUCUGUUUCCUCAGACAUUACUGUCCAUCAGGUGUAUUAUAACACCUCCCACUUGACUACUGCUAAAGAUUGUGAACAAAGGUCUCAUGAUGCCUCCUGUACAGUAAAUAAUGAUGAUGUGAAAAAGUGGAGCUGUAACAAUACUGAAUGGUUAUUGUUUUUUGACUCAGAGAAGAAACAACAGGAAUGCCAGAUCCAUCAGAAAUUCAAAUUUUUCUUAUAAUACAUUUAAUAAUUCGACAAUAAAUUGACAUAAAGUAUGUAUGUUUUGUAGAUUUCAUUCUAGUGCAUGUUUCUAUUAUUUGUGAUUGUUUUUGUUUUAGAGGCAUUGUAUUACCUUAUACUGCCGACUGGGCAAAGCUAUGUCAGCAUCAAA